UCAGCCUGUCCGUUAUUUAACAAACCUAGCGGAGGUGUUCUCAGCUAUUAUCCGAGUGUAGACAUAGGUCUUUGGACUAUGGUUUCUUUGACAUGCCUUAAUGGAAGACAAGUUGUCGGUAACUCUUUCUCCAUAUGUUAUCCUAACGGAUGGGUACCACGCAUUUUGGGAUCUUGUCUCAAUGGAACCGAUUUUGCGUCGAUAUGUCCUCCUUUCCCUGUUCCCGCUGGAGGGAAAAUUAUGUACAGUCCGAAUGGAACAAACAUAACUCGAUGGACGGUGGCGGCCAUCAAGUGUUUAAACGGACAGCAAGUCGUAGGUAAGCUCAAAGCAACCUCUCCUAAUCCUGAUCUCUGA